UUUAUGUAGAAAGUAAAUGUCACGUGCAUCUCCAGGUUAGUUAGUCCUCAUCUCUUUAGAUAGCAAUAAGACUACAGCAACCUGCUCUUCUUGACUGAACUCUCACAAAAAGAAGUAAAGAAAAGAAAAAAGGAAACAUGAAAAAGCGAGAUCAUCUGUGCCUAUUAUCUGAUUGGCUGUCUCCGAAGCCAACAGCAUUGCCCACCCACAUGUUUAUAUGAAUCGUUGAUCAUUUGUGGAGUCCUCCCACUGAGAGAGGAUCUGUGCCGCGAUCGAGCGCUCAUGGCAGCUAAUGAUUAUCGCGCUUACCUGCGGAAUCAUAUCGAUAUGGAAGAGGCUCCGGGGCGCGCUGCGCACACGGGAUCCACGCACAGAGCGCUCAUAUUCGGCACGCUCGCUGUCAUGGGACUGCUGCAGGUCGCGUCGAGUGUGGCGAUUUUGUUGCACUUAACCGGUUAUCUGCGAGAGGUCGACCUUGCCUCAGCCCAGCAGAGUCCUAAUGAGGAAAUGCACAGUGAAACCUUAAUAGCUGAUACACUCAAAAGUAUUAAGGAGAGGAAGGACAAAUGUCGACUAAAAAAGGACACACGCAUGCCGGCAGCUCACCUUCCCAUCAAGACGCCCACUAAUUUUUCAGCCAAAAAUCGAAAUUCUAUAACCACGAUCACCUGGGAUGAUAAUCAAGGGAUGAAUUUUAAGAUGAGAUACCAUGACGGAAGAAUUCAAGUGGAAGAAGCUGGCUAUUACUAUGUAUAUGCCAAGACCUGCUUUCGAUACGCUGAAGAUCACGACUCGAGCAAAGAGGACGUCAGCAAUGUACAGUUGUUUCAAUACAUUUUUCAAGAGAAAUUUACGCAGUCUGCAGGUCCAGCUAUUCUCCUUACAAAAAGUGGCGGCACUGUGCAGUGGAACAUCGCGAAGUACAACAUGUACUGCGUGGAGCAGGGCAGAGGUAUCCAACUGAAUAAUGGCGAUGGUAUUUAUGUCAAUGUAUCCAAUGCAUGGCUACUGGAUCCAACAGCUGACGGGACGUAUUUUGGAACUUUUAAGAUAAGCAAUUGAUUUGCAUCAUUUUUGCUACUGAACAUGUUAAUGCACAUUUUGCAACCUUACAAACUUUUUUUAAAGUGACCAUGAACCACUGAGCACUUGUUUUUGAUCACUGACUUUUGAAUUUUUGUUCAAUAUAGAUGACUUUUAAGAGCACAUUAUAACUUUGAACACUUCUCAAUUGUGCCAUUGAAGCUCUUAAGGACCAGCACUAGAAAACCAAGAAUGGACUCAGGCCUCUGUCUGUGUUUUUAUAGUUAAGUACCAAUACUGGCAAUGAGGGGCGCCAUAAAGGGGUGAAGGUUAGGACGAUUCCAAGGGCCCUGACCAGAGAGGGGGCCCGACGCAAUCCCUGGGACGCGAUCGCAAUUUCAACAGGAGCCAAGACAAAAACUUUCCAAGGGGCAGAAAAGUGCCAGAAAAGUGCCCCUACUGGUAAUGGGUAUCAGUCCAAUACUGGUACCCAUACUCUUAAAAUGCUCCAAAAGUCAUAAACCGUGCAACAAAUCACAGUGGUGGAGACAUGCUGGACAGUCCUAGUAAAGUAUGCCAAAUCUCAGUAGUCUGCUGUGACCUUCACAACAGAGGGAAAACAUACAAACUAAGUGCUCAAAUUUAGUUCGAAUCAUACUCAGUAUGAACUUCUGGUUCAUUGAAGUGUUUUAUAAAAGCAAUAACCCAUUUGCAGCCUUAGCCAUAGUGAUGUAAUGUUAGCUGUAAGAACCAAAAAGUAACUGCCUUAAGAUAGUAAUAAACGAUGACAUGCCAGUGCAUCACUAGUUUAUGAAUUUCAUAAUUACAUUUAUUGAUUGGAUUAAGAUAUAAAACAGUCUGAUUACCAUGAAAUGUUUCAUUCUAACAAGCAUGGCUACGUUGAACUUUGUAAAAAUGAUCAUGCAGAAUCUCUAAGAGACAACUGAAUUGUGCCAAACUGGUGAAUAGACACUUCCUACAAUUUCACCCACUUUACUAAUGAAUUUCACUGUUGGACAUUUAGAGCUGCCCUUUGGUUUUUUUAAUGGUGUUAAAAAUUGAUUUCUUGAACAAAACGUAUACAAACAUUCAGCAAAAAUCAAGGCAGCUGGACUGUCUUUGACUCGGUGUGAGAAGCGAUGUGCAGAACCAAACUGAGUUUGGUUCGCUCUAAUUUAAUUUUUUUUUCUUCUUUUUUUAUGCAUUAAGUGUAUUUAUUUAUUUUUUGUGAUGAUAGAAUGUUUGUCAAAUGUUCUGUCUGUUGUACAGUUUUGUAGUCUAUAUAAUUGUAUAAUUGCCUUUAUUCGAUACUUCAAGAGGUUUUGGAUAAAGGGCAUUGACUUUAGGUCAGUUAUACAUGCGCUUUUGUCCCAGGCACAGGACUCCUGUUUAAAGCAGAGAUGGAUUAGUUUCUCACUAAGAAACUUUGUAUUUAAGUAAAAUUCAUUUGACAAAUUCUGUGUGCAAAUGUUUGUGGACAGCAGAAUAUAUUGUUACCAACCCAAAGCAAGCCUAAAAUGGUUUGCAGCCUUAAAGUCUACAUUUUUUUUGUUCAUAUGUUAGCAAAAGUUUUGUUUAAUUAUGUUUAUUUAUACUAUUCUACCUAAUAAAGAUAAUUUUCUAAAUAAAACAUCAUUUUGUUAAUGAAAAAUACUUUUGAUAAUGUGAUGUGCUUAACGCUUUUCAUAUUUAUCAUGCUUUCCACCUCCCAGGCAUUCAUAGUUUACAUAUGCGUUAUGGUUAUUUUAAUAUUGCUUCGACAAAGAAAAAGUCCAGGCGGUUCCCAGCAUUAACUGGCUCCUCUCUGGAUGUGACAGCUAAAGUAAAUGUUUGGUCUUUCCUUUCUUUGUGGUAUUGUCAAGAAAACGGGUGAAUUACGCUAGCUGUGAGGUGGGAACACGGUCAUCCUUAAAAUAAUAUCCACCCUUUAGAGACGGUUGUUUUAUCCUCUAAUUCAUUGCAGAUAUUUGGACCAAAAUUUAGCUUGGACCUCUUCUAUGCUGAGAGAAUAGAAGUAGGAGAACAAAAACAAAACAGCAUCCCAUUGUGUAUUUCUCAAGUUUAACUCAAGUUAACAGAUUGGUUUGAGAGGAACUCGCAGGGCUAGUGCUCAUCACUCAACAAAGCCAGCUGAAUUGAAAGCACUGUGGUCUGUGAAUCCAAGGGUGAUGUGGCCACAUAUGAAGCUUGACCUCAAUAUUGCAAUUUUUAAGGGGAGGGAAAAAAAUGCAACC